AUGAGCGCAAUCAAAAGCUCUUCUCUACCCAAGACUUCCUUCCUGGUCUUCUACUCCUCGAUUGUGGAUGGCAAGAUGUGGUGCCCCGACUGCGUCGAUGUAGAGCCUUCCGUUCGCGAAGCCUUUGACGACGCCGACAAGCCCGAGGCCAUGCUCUUCUACGUGGGCAAGAAGGAGGAAUGGCGCACACCCGGAAACCUCGCCCGUGUUGAUUGGAACGUCCGUGGAAUCCCUACCAUCAUCAAGCUGGUGGAGGGCAAGGAGACCGCCCGUGUGACCGAGACCGAAAUCCUGGAUAGCAGCAAGUGGCAGGCUUUCCUCAAGAACUAG